AUGUCAAAUAAAGAUGAUGAAUCAAUUGAAAUGUUAUAUUCAAAAUCAUGUCUUGAUUUAAAUAUGGAUAUGGAAACAAAAAAUCGAUCAAGUGUUGAACAUGUUUUUAAUAUAUCAUCAAUUAUAUUUGAAAAAUAUAGAAAAAUAUUUAUUGAAAUAUUUGGUGAAAAUCAAUAUAAAUUAAAUUAUUCUGAUUAUCAAUAUAAAAGAGCAUCAAAUCAAAUAAAUCCUAAAUUAAAUACAAAAAAUAAAUUAAAUAAAUGUUCACAUCAAGAUUUAUAUUCACUUCUAUGGACAAUAUAUGCAUUAGCUAAAACAAUUUAUCCAUCAACUAUCAAUGAUCUGAUUGCUUCAUUUCAUUUACUUAUUUCUAGUUUUUUCUUUUAUUUAUGA